AUUGUUCUGCUUGGGAUUCUUACUAUAAUUUUGUAACUAGAGUCAAAAAGUGUUUUGACUUGGGAUUAGGGGAUAGUUUUGUGACAAGAAGAAAAACAAAACAAGUGUAUGAGACGAGCAUAAAAUCCUAAUAUAAGAGGACUGAGAGAAGAUCAGAAAGCUAACGGAGGAAGGAUACAGCACAAGGUUCAGGUGGUGAUGGAAGCCAUGAUAAUCUACCUUUCAAGUUGUGUGUGUUUGCUACUUCUGUCAGUUCUCAUCAAGUUCAUUCACAAGUUCUGGUGGACUCCGAUUUGCAUACAAUCUAAGAUGAUGCCUCAAGGUAUCAAAGGUCCUUCGUACAAAUUCAUUUAUGGAAACACUAAAGAGAUCAUUCGCAUGAGGAACGAAAUCAUGGCCACGCCCAUGGAAUUAUCAAAUCACAUAUUACCGAGAAUUGAACCUCAUGUUCACUCUUGGACCAAGCUUUAUGGUAAGAACUUCCUUUUCUGGUAUGGUCCUAAACCUCAAUUAGUAGUCACGGAGCCUGAUCUGAUCAAACAGAUACUGAAUGACAAAGAAGAUGGAAUAUAUCGCAAAAGAGAUUUAACAUAUUUUGCGAAAAAGCUUUUAGGGGAUGGGCUUGCAUCAGCUCGAGGUGAAAAAUGGUUUAGGCAAAGGAAAAUUGCUAACCAUGCUUUCCAUGCGGAGAACUUAAAGAAUAUGACCCCAGCAAUAAUUGCCAGUGUGGAAAUGAUGCUGGAGAGAUGGAGACAUUAUGAUGGCAAGGAGAUUGACGUAUUCAAAGAAUUCAAGAUUUUAACAUCAGAAGUAAUCUCCAGAACAGCAUUUGGGAGCAGUUACACGGAAGGGGAGAAGAUAUUUGAUAUGUUAACAAAGAUGGCUUUCAUCCUAACCAGAAACGCAUUCAAAGUUAGGAUUCCUGUACUUAAUAAACUUCUGAAGACUCGUGAUGAUAUUGAAGCAGACAGACUCCAGAAAGAUAUAAAAGACUCCCUUAUUAAGAUGAUAAUGAAGAGAGAAAAUAAUGUGAGCACGGGAGAACUAGACAGGUAUGGCAGUGAUCUUCUCGGAUUAUUAAUGAAGGCUUAUCACCAUGAGGAUCAGACUCAGAGAAUAUCCAUAGAUGAUAUGAUAGAUGAGUGUAAGACAUUUUACGUUGCUGGACAUGAAACAACCGCAAGCUUACUCUCCUGGACUGUUUUUCUUCUUGCCACUAACGCCGAUUGGCAAGACAAAGCUAGGGAGGAAGUUCUCAAAUUAUUUGGCAAACAAAAUCCAAGUCCAGAUAGCCUCUCAAGAUUAAAGACUAUGAGUAUGAUAAUCAAUGAAUCUUUGAGACUAUAUUCUCCGGCUGUUGCCGUUUUGAGGGAGACCAAAUCCCAAGUAAAAUUGGGAAGUGUUACUGUACCAGCUAAUAUGGAUAUCUCGAUUUCAGUUCUAGCACUUCACCAUGAUCCUCAAAUAUGGGGAGAAGAUGUCCACCUUUUCAAACCAGAGAGAUUUGCAGAAGGGGUAGCUAAAGCUACCAAUAACAACAUGGCAGCUUUUUGUCCUUUUGGCUUGGGACCUCGGAUUUGUGUGGGCUUGAACUUUUCUAUGAUAGAAACAAAGGUUGCACUCUCAAUGAUUCUGCAACGAUACAGGUUCACAUUGUCACCAACUUAUGUUCACUCACCAGUUCAGGUUAUCUCAAUUCGCCCUCAACAUGGACUUCCAGUCGUGCUUCACUCAUUGUAAAAUCGAAUUUCAAAUAAACUUUUGUUUUCGGUGCUCAUAACCAAGACUUGGAAACAUUGGCGCAGGUAAUUAGCAAAGGAUUCAAUAGAAAGUCAUUCUGGAGUGUGUAAUAUUUGGAUUCAUCUCAACAAUUACCGAACAGAUUUGUAUCCUUUGUUGAAGAGUAUUCCUGUUUUAAAGUCUUCUGGGACUAUGUCUUUUUUAGGCAAUUUGCUCAA